AGGUCGCCAUGGCGGAACCGCCCGAGAAGUCCGAGGCGGUUCCGGAGGAGAAGGAGAAAACCACGGAGGAACCCAAGGAGGAAGUGACGGAAGUGAAGGAGAAAGCGGUGGACAAGGCCACCAAGGAAGCGACGAAAAAGGCGCCCCGCCAGGAAGCCUCACCUGUGAUGCUUGCGGCCUUGGUUCUGGGCGCUCUGGCUCUGGCCAGCACCAUUGCUGUGGCACAAGCCGCGAGUGAGGUUGGGCUUCAGCGGUGGAUGGCCUCACUGUCGGAGAAGCACGUGGUGCCUCCACCGGAAGUGCCCAACAAUGUUUGCACCAUCCAAUUUUGCCAGAGCUGAGGUACAAACGGGCUGUUUAAUCAAAUAGCCCAGCUGAUCCACACUCGCGCCUCUGCGCCGCUGCGCGUGCAGCCGGCACCCUAUCCUGCACCACCGCUGAUGCAGUUCUAUUCCAGCAUUGUGAGUUACAUGCAAAUUCUUCUCAUAGGCAUCGUGCUCUCUGUAGAUAUCCUUCCAGAGGGUAUCCGGGAGAACAAGAUGUCUGCGGUCUUCGCCAUUUUCAUGGUGACCAACAUGAUCGCGUCCGCGCUCACCAAGACCAACGCGUUUGAAAUCUACGUGGGCGAAGAUUUGAUCUGGUCCACCAUGGCCAGACAACGAAGCCCCAAUCUACAGGACCUUGUGAAGGGCUUUGCCUCAGUGGGGGUUGAAAUUCUCUCCCAGUAGCGGAGGAGUAAAAGAAAAUGCACGCCUCGCGGCCGAAGAACUCUUCGGCAACGGCGGGGGGUGGCGAUGAAAGGAUUUGGAGAACCAGACACCAUCCUAAACCAUUGUAGAGGCCAGGCGGCCAGGCCAUUCCAUCCCAUAUGAUCCAUGGUGCUGG